UAAUAAUUUGGAAAUCAUAAAAAAGAAGUAAGGAAGCAGUAUCAGUAAAAAAGUGAUAAGGCAUCACAGUAAAAAAUAUUAAGAAGAAUGUCAAUAAAAGGGACAUGAAAGAAAGAAAAUUAAGCUAUCACUUCUACUCUCUCGAGCUUCAGCUUUUAGAGCAACAAUGUCUCUAUUUCUGAAGCCCUUCCUCUUCCUAUACGACUCCACUCUUAGCCUCCUCUUACUUCUUUUCAAUGGAUGGAGCCUUGAAGAUUCAGCAACUGCCCACGAGAGGCUUGAAGCAGACAACAAUGCUGCAGAAUCUGAAUGGAUGCAAAUCCAAUAUUUGUGGAGAAAAACGAGAAGUCUUGUGCUUCUUCCCGUUUUCAAGGGUUUGGUGAUUAUGUGUUUGGUUUUAUCCAUCAUAGUGUUCUUCGAGAGUUUUUACAUGAACAUUGUGAUACUCUUCGGUAAGUUAUUAAGACGUAAACCGGAGAAAGUGUACAAAUGGGAGGCCAUGCAAGAAGAUGUCGAGGCUGGAUCCGAAAACUACCCAAAGGUUCUUGUCCAAAUACCAAUGUACAAUGAAAAAGAGGUCUUUCAAAUAUCUAUAGCGGCAGUGUGCAGUUUAUUAUGGCCAUCGAGCCGUCUUGUAAUUCAAGUUGUAGAUGAUUCCACCGAUCCUGUCGUAAGGGAAGGUGUGGACAUAGAGAUUGCAAAAUGGCAAAGCCAAGGCAUAAACAUAAGGUGUGAAAGAAGAGAUAACAGGAAUGGCUACAAAGCUGGAGCUAUGAAAGAAGCUCUUACGCAUAACUACGUCAAGCAAUGCGACUUUGUGGCCGUCUUCGAUGCUGAUUUCCAGCCCGAUCCUGAUUACCUCGCGCGCACCAUCCCGUUUCUCGUCCACAACCCUGAUGUUGCUCUCGUUCAAGCCCGGUGGAUAUUUGUGAACGCAAACAAAUGCUUAAUGACGAGGAUGCAAGAGAUGUCCCUCAACUACCAUUUCAAGGUGGAACAAGAAUCAGGGUUUACUAGACAUGCUUUCUUCGGUUUUAAUGGAACCGCGGGUGUAUGGAGAAUAUCGGCAAUGGACGCUGCGGGAGGAUGGAAAUCAAGGACAACUGUAGAAGACAUGGACUUGGCCGUUCGCGUUGGCCUUCAUGGCUGGAAAUUUGUCUACCUCAACGACCUCACGGUGAGGAACGAGCUUCCAAGCAAAUUCAAGGCCUACAGAUUCCAGCAGCAUAGGUGGUCAUGUGGUCCGGCGAAUCUAUUCAGAAAAAUGACGAUGGAGAUCAUUUACAACAAGAGAGUAUCAAUAUGGAAGAAGUUCUAUGUGAUCUACAGUUUUUUCUUCGUAAGGAAAGUGGCAGUACACUUCUUGACAUUCUUCUUCUACUGUAUAAUUGUACCAACAAGUGUCUUCUUCCCUGAAAUCCACAUUCCAUUGUGGUCUACCAUCUAUGUUCCCUCUAUGAUCUCCAUCUUCCACACCAUGGCAACUCCGAGAUCCUUCUACCUCGUGAUAAUCUGGAUCUUGUUCGAGAAUGUAAUGGCUAUGCAUCGAACCAAAGGAACUUGGAUUGGCCUACUUGAAGGAGGACGAGUGAACGAAUGGGUUGUGACUGAGAAAUUAGGAGAUGCUUUGAAGAAUAAGUUACUAUCUAAGGUCGUCCAAAAAAAAUCUUAUUAUGAAAGAGUGAAUUCAAAGGAAGUGAUGGUGGGCAUAUACAUACUAGGAUGUGCAUUAUAUGGUGUGAUCAAUGGCCACACAUGGUUACACUUCUAUCUUUUUCUUCAGGCCACUGCCUAUUUCGUUUCUGGUUUUGGUUAUAUCGGAACCUAAGAACUUUCCCCAUUGUAUAAUCACCACAUGAAUUGUGUCCCUGCAUCAUUUAUUUUUUAGUGUUAAAACGAAUAAGAUGUUUUGUAUGAAUGUAUACUAUAACAUCAUCACUUCUAUCCUUUAUUUGAAAGUCCAUAUAUUAAUUCAA